UAACUAAAAAUUCUAGUUUGUUGCGAAAAUUUCCAAUUUGUAGUGUGUUGAGCAAAUAACUGUUAUUUAACGAAAUCUGAUUUAAUUGUGCGGCAGUCUUCAAAGCAUAGAAAAAGUUAGCACGAAGGAGAGAAAUUAGAUUCCAGAAAAAGAAAAAAAAAACGAAAUAAAACAGCUGAACCUUCAUACAGCGGUUGUCAUAGCAGUUACAGUAAGAGAGAAAAGAAAAAUUCAGUGAAAAUUACGCUAAAGGAAACAGCGAUUGAAAUCGCAGCAGCAGUUACAACUACAACGGACUCAAAACGGAGUAGAAACUGAGUCGAAAGCUACGCAGCAGCAUUGACGUAUAACUCAUGAACUUAUCCAUCCGCUCUCGUACAUGCAUAUGCAAUUACUCGCGGCUGAUCUUGUAUGAACUGGAAACAUAAAAUAGAGCUCUGCUAUAUUACCACAAUCUAUUCAUGCGUGUGCAACAGUGCGAAUAUUUAUGUUGCGCUGCAAGAAAGAAACAUGGAGAAAUGAAACGCGAGAAAAGUGUAAAAGUUUGUUUGUAGCUGGACAUGAGCUUGAACACGCAGCUGACUAAAUACAUACAAAUUUAAUUACGCGCAUUUUAUACAUAACAUGUUCCUCCACAUACAAGUAUUUGGAAAACGACAACUUGAUUUUUGAAAGUCGAACAAAAUGGAUAAACGCUCAAACGUAGCAAGAACAUAUUUAAGCAGUUGAUAAAGAAACGAAAAACAUAAAUUUACGCACUUACUAGUAAUUUUCAAACAGAAAAAUUAUAAGCAAACUAAAAUUCGACAAACUAAAAGAACGAGUAGGAAAUUAUGCUUGAAAAAGAAUACAAAAAUCGAUGAAAGCAAACAAGAAUUAUUCUUAUUAUAAUAAAACUAAAAGUAAUUGCUAAUCUCUCUUUCUCUCCCUAUAUAAAUACUAUAUAUACAUAUAUAAACGAUUCUAGCCGUUCUACGCUUGUCUUCACUAUAGUAAAAUAUUGAAAACUUUAAUAAAGCAGCGAAAGUAAAGCAAGUAAAUACUACAAGAAGCAAACACCAACUUAUAGCAAUUAAAAAAUAUAUAAAAAUAUUUAGUAGUAGUCCAACAAAUUCAGGGAGCGCCAUAAAUUGCAUAGAUAAAAUUGCUUUAAAUUAGCUACGCUGGCACUGGUAUCUUCCGUACGCUUCCAACGCCGCCGUAGAAGAACCAGAAAACACUUAGAAAAGCAACUUAAAAAAAGUACGCAAACAAAAACUCACAAAAAAAACUCCGCAAAAAAAAAAAUUCCGCAAUAAAAAUUCUACACACGCGUGUGAAAUUUCCACUUUGCAUUCAAACCUACCUACUUACAAUCCACGUCUACCGUCAGCUCCAGCACGCGCCGUACCACCAAAACGGAAAGUGUACAGCAGAAGAAAAUUCAUCGAAAACCACAAGCAACUAACUGUAAUUUAAAUAAUUAAUUGCAAAAUAACAGUAAAUAGUGUCAGUCAAACGAACAACCAACCACAAGCCAUUCCAUUGUAAACUACGCAAUUUCUAGUUCUAACCUAACUAUCUAACAAUUAAACGCAAUUUGAUAAAAUCAAAGUAAACUCUACCCAACUACUUACAAUAUACUAUAUAUCUUUACAUACAUAUAUAGAAAUACUACUUACCCUAUAUACUAUACAUACCAUACGAGUUAAAAAGCAAAUAAAUUAGAAAAAAAAAUAAUAAAAAAUAAAAAGUAGAAAAUAAACUACAAAAUCCAACAAACACAAAAUGGAGGGUUCAAAUAGUCCACGUGAUAUGCUGCUGCUCAAUGGGCAUGCCGAAGGUGCCGCGCAUCACUUGGGCCUAACAAAUGGCGGCGCUAGCGGCAGUAACAGUUUGCCAGCUGGCAAUGUGAAAACCGAUCACUUUAACGGUGAUGAUCUGUCGUCGAGCAGUUUUAUGUCCAUUCCACAAUUCUAUGCGGGACGUAGUGUAUUCAUAACCGGAGGCACUGGAUUUAUGGGAAAGGUUCUUGUUGAAAAAUUAUUACGUUCAUGUCCAGACAUAAAAAAUAUUUAUCUAUUAAUAAGACCAAAACGAGGACAAGAAGUCUCAGCGCGUUUAAAUGAGCUGCUUAAUGCACCGCUUUUUGAAACAUUGCGAAGGGAGAAACCAAAGGAAUUGAGUAAAGUUAUUCCUAUAUCUGGUGAUAUAACAUCCGAGGAAUUGGGCAUCUGUGAAAAUGAUCAGGCGCUACUUUGUCGCACAGUAUCCAUUGUAUUCCAUUCAGCUGCCACCGUGAAAUUCGAUGAAAAGCUCAAAUUAUCUGUCACAAUCAACAUGCUUGGGACAAAGCGUUUGGUUGAGUUGUGCCAUCGCAUGAUGUCCUUAGAUGCACUAAUACACGUCUCCACUGCCUAUUGCAAUUGCGAUAGAUCCGAGGUAUCAGAAGUUAUAUAUGCACCACCCUAUAAUCCCGACGAUAUUAUUUCUUUGAUCAAUUGGCUUCCUGAGGAUAUGCUCGAUCAGCUAACCCCAUCGUUGAUUGGCAAACGCCCCAAUACGUAUACAUUUACGAAAGCCUUAGCGGAGCAUAUGCUACUCAAAGAAGCUGGCAAUCUGCCUGUGGCCAUUGUGCGGCCUUCUAUAGUGAUUGCCAGUUUGAAUGAACCGUUCGCCGGUUGGGUGGAUAAUUUUAAUGGUCCAACUGGUUUGGUAGCCGCCGUCGGUAAAGGUCUAUUCCGCACAAUAAUGUGUGAAAAGAAUUAUGUUGCCGAUAUGGUACCUGUCGAUAUUGUGAUUAAUUUAAUGAUUGCCGCAGCAUGGCGCACAGCGACGCGAAAAACUGAUAAUUUAGCGAUAUAUAAUUGUUGUACUGGACAACGACAUCCCAUACAAUGGGGUGAAUUUGUUAGUUAUGCCAUGAAACACGUACGAAAGCAUCCACUGGAGGGCUGCCUGUGGUAUCCGACGGGUGUGUUACGCAUGAAUCGUCCAUUGAAUGCAGCACAUGGCUUCCUUGUACACUACUUACCGGCCUAUAUAUUGGAUAUUGUCGCGCGACUGAUGGGCAAGAAGCCAUUCAUGGUAAAUAUACAAAAUAAAAUCGCCAAAGCUGUUGGCUGCUUGGAAUACUUUGCUACACACCAGUGGCGAUUCAGAGACGACAACGUGCACGCACUCCUCAACGCGCUGAGUCAAAAGGAUCGCGAAACGUUUGUGUUCGAUGUGCGCACCAUUAACUGGGAGAACUAUGUUGAGCGUUAUGUAUUGGGCUUUAGGGAAUUCUUAUUUAAACAACGUCCAGAAUCGCUGCCUGCGUGUCGAAAGCGUUUGAUGCGAUUGUACUAUCUGCAUCAGCUGACCAAAGUGGUGGCGGUGAUGUGCACUUGGCGCUUCCUAAUGGCGCACUCGAAACGUCUGAAUGCCUUGUGGACGGCAUUCUUGCAGAACGUCUUCAAACUUAUACGAUUAAUACCAUUUUUGUAAUAUUCAAAACGGACGGUGCAGUGCAGUUGAAUUAUAUAUAUAUAUAUAUAAAUAAAUAAAUACAUAUGUAGCAGCAAAAGCAGUAGUGGGGAGAAGAAAUAACAAAACGCUCUUAUGCUGUUAUAAUUGCAUAAAUAUUUAAAUUAAUUGUGUAUGAAAUGUUUACUUGAUACAAUAUAUACGUAUAUAUAUAUAUUUGUAUUUAUAUGCAUAUAUUAUUAUAAAUAUAUUUUUUGUUAUUGUUUUUUUUUUCAUUUUUGUCUAUAUUUUACGGCAGUUAAGUUUAAAUUAAUUUAAUUAUUUUCAUUUAUAAUUUUUGUAUUGUAAUAAAAUUGUAAACGAACGAAGGAGAAAGAAGUAAUAAAUUAAUUAAAACAACAAUAAAAAAAUAUUAAGUCGAAGGGUUAGUAGUAAAGCAAAAAUAAUUAAUAAAGCAAAAUUAUGAUACAAAAAAAGGCGUAGACAUAUUAGUGUGUGAGAUUAAAAAUUAAAAAAAAAAAUAAAAUAAAUUUAAAAAAAUUAUAAAUAAAUAAAAAAAAAUUAUAAAUAAAUAAAAAAUAAACAAAUGAACGAUAACAAAUAUUUGCAAUUACGCUAAAGCAUAUACAGCUAUAGCAUAUAAUGCGCAUUCUUUAAAAUGUGUUACCAAAUAAAGCAGCGCAUUAAGUAAAAAAAAAAUAAAUAAAAUAAUAAAUAAAGUGCAAAUGCAAAAUUUUCAAAAAAUUAUGAAAACAAAAACAAAAAAAAAACAUUUUGUAUGAACCUUAAGCCAAGCAAUGCAGCACAAGUCUAUGUAUUUUGCCUUUUUAACCUUCAUUUCAUUUCACAAAUUUUAAGCUUUUACGAAAUGCAUGCAAAUUAAAAAAAAAAAAUUAGCAGAAAAUCGUAUUUAUAGUAAAUUAUGAUUUUUUUGCAAUUUAGUGCAUGCAAAAGCGCCGAAAAAAAAUAUUUUUUUAUAGUUUGCUGCUUAAAUAUAAUAAUAAAAUAAUUUUUUUUAUUCAAUUGGUUUGCCAGGCAAAGCAAUAAAAGCAAUUUCAUUGGCAUAUAAUUAGGUAAAGUUACAAACAAACUAUUAUAUAUACGAUUAUAUACAAAUAUACGCAUAUAUUAGCAUAUAUGAAAUAUUGAAAUAUUUCCAAUAAAGACACUAGCAAGUGAAAUGGUUUAGUUUAAACAAAUAAAAGCUAAAUUUAAUUUACCAAAAUAAAGAAAAAAAUAUAUUAAAAAACGCAAAUGAAAGUAAAAAAGGUUAUUUAAAUAAAAGUGCAUGGAAGAGCAACUAAAUAAAAGCAUUAUAAGUCUAAUAGCAAUCGUAGUUUUACAAUUAAUUAAUUAAUUAAUUAAUUAUAUUGAGCAUUUGGUUAGCGAGUAAUUAAAAUAAAGCAGAAAAAUAAACAAAAUUUAAUAAAAAUUAAUUGAAAGAAAAAAUAAAAAUUAAUUGAAUAAAAUUUAAUUGAAAAAAAUAAAGAUUAAUUGCAAAAAAAAUCGCAAAAAAAACUUGAAAAUGUAAUUAAAGCAGACACGUAAAAUUUUGAAGCGCAUAGUACAUAUAAAUGAUAAAACAAAAAAAAAAGCAUAAUAAUAUACAAAUUUAAAUGCAGACAUUUUAAGAGGCAUUAAAUUUACAUAGAGCAUACAACAACACUACAGUCAACGGCAGUUUACAAGUAUAAGUAGACACAGGUGUACGAAAGAAUGAUAUAAGCAAAGUAUGAAAAUACAAAACAAAAUAAAUUGCUUGUUAUAAAUUACUUUACAUUACAAAAACAAAAGCAAAAAACAAUUUAUUAAAUAAAUAAAUAAUGAAUGAAGAUACAAAAAAAAUGUAAUAGCGAACUAAAUUUAUGCAUUAAAAUUAUGAAAAUAAAAUUAAUAAGUAUGAAAUAAAAUAAAAAGUGAAAAACAAGAA